GUAUGCCACAGGCUGCUGCAGAGAUCGAUCGCCGCUUACAUUUUAUAUUUCCAUGUCUCGUGAACUACUUCACCCGUUUUCCCUCGUGUGCUGUGCUCUGGGGCGCCCAGUUGUCGUCAAACUCGAAUCAUACGAAUCGGACAUCGGUAUGUGGAUUGCAGAUCCAUCCAUCCAUCCAUCAGCGGCGUGUCUUGCGUCAUGUGUGUCAUGCAGUGUUGGUCAAACGGUUGAGAGAGGAGCUGCGCAAGUACAUCAACCCCACCGUCGCCUGGGACGUCUUCAAUGACUUCAUGGACCAAGCGCUGACGAUCCUCGCCGAUGGUGAUCCGCAGGCCCCACAGUGGACGGAGCACUUCGCCCAACUCGCAUUCGUCGAAUUUGUCAUGUGAAUGAUCGGUAAGUGGAGGCAUCGAACCAACGCAACACUCCAGCAAUGCAUCCAGCCCGUUUGUUUCCUGCCUGCCUGCCUGCCUGCCUGCCUGCAGAGCUUCAGAUAGCCUCCCCCAUGUGGAAGCUACGUCUUUUCAGUCAGCGGUGCCGUGAGCGUCAGCUACUCGUGGCGUAGAAUUUCGGGGGAUGUAUGAUGUGAUUUGGGGGACUCUGUCUGUCUGUCUGUCUGUCUGAGCGUAAGGCAGGUCUGUCUGCUGUUUUCGGCCUUCGCAGGCAGGACUGUUUGAUCAAUCGUUGCCUACAUUUUAUAUCUGCUGUGAUGGUGUCUCGAGACGCUUUGUUUGACACACGGAGAUAAUGAGACGAACGCAGUCUGCAUGAUCAAGACAUUCAUUGCAUCAGUCAGUCAGUCCGCUGUGUCUGAGUGUGUCUGUGGUUGGCUGUGCAAUGGGUGACGAGGGCAGCGGCAGAUAUCCCCCAUCGAUCAUGUGGGACCACAAACGAUGGCCAACUCACCACGUACAGCCCCGGAGAGCCACCACAGCCACCCGCACCCAACUCACCACUUACGACAAAACACCUUUCUCUAUCUCCGUCUGUCUCGCUGUCGUCCCUUAUGCGUGGGCGGCAGUGUGCUCAGGUGAUGUGCGCCUCCCUGUCGGCCAUCGCCCCCUCGGCAACUCACAGGCAACCGACGAGGGAAUGAUGGACCGCAAGGAGGACACACCAUGAAUGCAAGUAUGUAUAGCUAUAUGGCAUCGCUGGUCUGUUUUCGUCCCGCGGCUGGCGACGUGUGACGGACUCUCACACUGGCAGAGAGACCAUCAUCCGUCAACUGCUGCGGUUCAAAACAGCCCGGCGGUGCCGGGCCACCACACAUGUUUGACCUCACUGAGGGGAAACACAUUCACGCGACCAACCCAGGCAGGGCCAUCAGUCCAGAGUAUCUUUCCUACGUACAAAACGACACCCCACACAUCAGAAUGUCCAACCAACAUGCCCGUCGCUCUCUCUCUCUCUCUCUCUCUCUCUCUCUC